AUGGUCACAUUGACAUCUAUCAAAUUUGAGUCCAAGCAAAAUAAGACAACAUCUAGAACAGUCAGCUUCAAUAAAACUUACCUGAGCGAAACAAGCAAAUCUGAUGGAAUAUAUGAAGAUGCUUUUGAGGAAUCUACAAGCUGCAAGAAAAGGAAAAUAGGAGAGCUGACUCUUGGAACAAAUGUUUCAUCCUAUAAUACCGAGGGACAUUGCGUUGAUAAGUUCAAGCCAGAUUAUUGGAUUUCUCCACGGUCCCCAAGUGAGCUUGAUGAAGCUGCCACCAAGCUGCAGAAAGUUUAUAAGAGUUACCGGACUAGGAGGAAUCUUGCAGAUUGCACUGUUAUUGUAGGGGAGCUAUGGUGGAAGGCAUUAGACUUUGCUGCUCUUAGGCAGAGCUCUGUGUCAUUUUUUGACUCAGUUAAAGCAGAAACUGCUGUUUCAAGAUGGGCACGGGCUAGGACCAGAGCUGCCAAGGUUGGUAAAGGUCUGUCCAAGGAUGAGAAGGCCCAGAAGUUAGCUCUAAGACAUUGGCUUGAGGCUAUUGAUCCACGCCAUCGUUAUGGACAAAAUCUGUACUUGUAUUAUGAUGUGUGGUUUAAUAGUGGGAGCUUUCAACCUUUCUUCUACUGGUUGGAUGUUGGAGAUGGCAAAGAAGUGAAUCUCGACAAGUGCCCAAGAACUGAACUGCAUCAUCAAUGCAUUAAAUACCUUGGACCAAAAGAGAGGGAUGCUUAUGAAGUGAUUGUGGAAAGUGGGAAGCUUAUGUACAAACAAAGUGGGAACCUUGUGAAUACUCCUGAAGGUUCCAAAUGGAUCUUUGUACUCAGCACAUCAAGGAACAUGUACGUAGGGGAGAAAAAGAAAGGCCUUUUCCAGCACUCUAGUUUUCUAGCUGGAGGUGCCACCAUUGCAGCCGGAAGACUGGUUGCUCUUAAUGGGCUUCUUGAGGCUGUAUGGUCCUAUAGCGGUCAUUAUCACCCAACAGAAGAGAAUUUCAUGGAAUUCAUUAGUUUCUUAGAGGAGCUUCAUGUGGACUUGACAGAUGUUAAAAAAUAUCCGAUAGAUGAUGAUAUUCCACCUUCAUCUGCUAGCAAGAAAUAA